AGUAAAGGCUCCGCCAUCUUUGUGAGUGUUGAGGAAAGCCAACUACAGGUUUAGGUUUGUUGUACCAAGAAAUCAGCCAUGGCUAUGCAAGUGUCUUCACGGCGAGGAGAAGAUUAUGUAGAAAGUAUAUACAAUUUGAUUCCAAAGAUUCAAGAGAGGCCUCCAAAGCCUUCAAUGUAUCGCUCUAAUUUUGCUUCAACCGUGAAACAGGAGCAGAAGACGAAGAAGCAAAGCUCUAAAACCAUGGGCCCAGCGAAAGUAGCUGUCACAGAACCCAAGGAUUUUUUGGCUAAACAUUCCAAGGAGUUCAAGCUGCCAGAAAAAACUGACUUCACGUAUCCUGACCAUGAUAAAAGACGUCCCCCAGUCCCAAAACACACAGAAAAACCUCUAAUGGGAUUACGUUCCACAAAAAAUCAUAUCACAACAAAUGCUGUGGAGAAUAUCAUGUCUGUGCCCAAGAUGCCUGAGAAAAAAUUCGUGGAUACACGUGGAGGAGCCACACAUCAACUGGUCCCAUCAGGUCUCACUCCAAAAUAUGUGAACAAGAAAGAUUAUGGCAAGACCCCAGCUUAUCUGGAAAAAAGGAAGGCUGAAGUAGAGAGAGCACAGAUGGAGUAUGAUGCUUAUGUGCAAGAGAGAUGUAGACAAGGAGCAAUGAAAAAUUUGACAGAAGAAGAGAGGCAAGGAAUACUUGAUGGACUAAAAAAGAACUGGGAGGAACUUCACCACCAAUAUCAAGGACUUUCUGUCGUUACUGAUACAGCACCAAAGAAGGCCCGAAAAGAGAGAAUGGAGGCAGAAAUGAAACAAUUAGAAAGAGACAUUGAAACCAUUGAGAAACACAGAGUUAUUUACAUUGCCAAUCCUUUCUUUUAAUGAAAACCCAAGCGCCAGUUUAAUGUCAACCUGAUUCCUUUUUUUCGGUUUUGUUUAAUUGUGACCAGCUCGACACUCUUGAGGAAAAGUGGUUAAGAAUUAUCUCCAAGGUAUAUGUUAUUUAGGUUAAAUAGCAAAGAAAAAAGUUAAAAGAAACCCUGCCACUGGCAGUAACAAAAUUGUAAAUACAGUUGUAAUCAUGUACAAAGUAUUUUAUUAAAAAUCAA